AUGGCAUUGAUAGAACGAAUGAGUAUUCUUGGAAUUCGAAGUUUUGGACAGGAAACAUCCCAAAAAAUUGAAUUUUUUACACCUGUCACUUUGAUUCUUGGUCAGAAUGGAACGGGAAAAACGACUGUCAUCGAGUGUUUGAAAUAUUCAGCAACUGGAGAACUACCUCCUGGAUCGAAAACUGGGUGUUCAUUUAUCCAUGAUCCUAGAAUAGCACAAGAAAGUGAAGUGAAAGCCAAAGUCACUCUUCAAAUUCGUGAUGUUAAAGGUUGCCCUAUGGUUGUUUCACGAGCACUUAUGGCAACACAGCGUGAUAAAACAAAGCAAGGGACUUUAAAAACUCUGGAUGGAUCAAUAAAACGUCAGUACUCAGACGGACGUGUUACAAGUGUCAGCCUACGAUGUACUGACCUAGAUCAGGAAAUGGUUACAAGUUUGGGUGUAUCAAAAGCUGUCUUGGAAAAUGUUAUCUUUUGUCACCAAGAAGAUUCCAAUUGGCCUUUACAAGAAGCGAAAUCGGUAAAACAACGUUUCGACGAUUUGUUUGCUUCAUCACGUUAUGUGAAAGCACUGGAUGCCAUUCGGAAGUGUAAACAAGACAAUGAUGGAAAUGUUAAAUUAUAUAAAACUGAGUUGAAACAUUUAACCAAAAAUCGUGAUGAAGCUUUGAAACUUCGUUCUGAACGAGAAGAAACACUUCAUUCAAUUGAAAAACAGGAAAAAAAUCUAGAAGAAAUGUCUGCAAAGCUUCAACCUGUCGUUGAACAACUCAACCGUUAUAAAGAACGCUACGCAGAACUAACAAAACUACAAGCUGAAAUCAAGUCUUGUGAAACUGAACGUGCUCAUUUAACAGACGCAAUAAAUAAUUUAAUGUUAAACAUACAGAACGAGUAUCAAGGAAGUGAUGAAGAAUUAAAGCGUUUGAUUGAAGAUGCUGAGACAGAAUACGAAAAGAAAAUUUUUCUGUUGAAUCAAUCUGAAAAUAUAUUACAAAGAAAACGUAAAGAGUUAAAUACUUUGGAAACGAAUCAAACAAAAACUAUUGUUGAGAAAACACAAAUUGAAAUGGAGGUUAAGCGUUUGAAUGAAGCAAUAUUCAAUCGUGAUAUGAUCUUAGCCUCGAUCGUUACAAAUUACAUUCCCGGUGAUAAGUAUGCAGACGUGAAACAAUUCACCGAUGAGGAUGUGGAGUAUAUUGUGCAGUUCGUUGAUGGAUUACUACAUGAACAUGAAAAUCAAUUAACAGAAGUGAAGCUGCUAUCGGCUAAUGAAGAGAGGAAAGCUCAAACUGAUGUUGAUGUUGUUCGAGAUGAAUUGGCUGCUCUAAAACAAAAAAUACAAACUAUAAAACGUAAUUAUAAUCAACGAUCAUGUGAAAUGAUUAGUGUUGAAAAACGCUUAGAAAAUGAACAUUCAUUAAAUGAACGUAUUGAAAAAGUCAGAGAUCAAUUUCAUAAAUCUGAAAUCACCAUUCAAGAUUUAAAUACGGAUCAUGAAUUGAACAACUUACAUCAAUCCAUAACAGAAUCGCUGGGAAAGAAAAAGGAACUGGAACAUACGAUCAGUUUACUAGACGAAAAAAUUGCGACAUUUCAAAAAAGUGCCAGUAAGUAUCGUGAGUUAGAACUCAUGCAGAAAGAACGAGCAAAUAAACUUGAAGGGAUACGCAAAAUACGAAGUCGUCAUGCUGAAGCAUUGGAACAAGUUUUCGCUGGCUCUGUGAUUCCUUUUGUAGCUACAGAAAAGUCACUUGAAGAACAAGCGAAUCCUAAUAAUAUUCGAUCGUUUAUUAAUGAUCAAACACGUUUAAAGGUUGUAUUCUGUAAACGACUUGAUGAAUUGGAACAGUCAACUAGAGAGACAAGAAAACAGUUGGCUAAAAUUGAGCAAGAGCGCUCAUCGCUUGAAGCUACUUCUAAAUUUACCAGAAAUCAUCUACAAGAAAAACGAGAUCAACUGAAAAUAUUAGAAGGAAAGCUUUUAUCUGUACCUGGAGCAGAUGAUCUGGAACAAACUCUUAUUAAUCUUCAAGAUAGACGUGGCUCUUUAGAGGAAGAAUAUGCAAACGAACAAGGAAGUGUAUUUUUGUGGUGUAAAUUUCGUGAUCGAUUGUCUCGUGUAGAUUCUGAUUGUCCAGUAUGUCAUCGAUGCUUUGACAGUGAUGCAGAACGUGAUGAAUUAUUAAAUGAAAUUGAUAACCGAAUAAAAACGUUACCUUCUGAAUUUGAACGUAAAAAGCAAGAAUUGAAAGAAAUCGUUUCACGUCUUGAAUCAUUGGUUGAAUUACGUCCUAUAAGUUUAGAGAUCAAAAAUCUACAUGAGGAAGUAAUCCCUGCUCUAGAGUUAAAAAUUAAAGCUGAAUUAGAUAAACUUACUGAUGUACGCAGUCAACGAGAUAAGACAAGUGCUCUACUUGAAACAUAUCAAACAGAUGAAUCUUUAGCAAAAACAGUACAAGGUGAUUUGGCAAUAUUAGAACGCUUAGAAAAUGAAUCUUAUGAAUUAACAGUUAAAAUUAAUCAAUUCAAAUAUGAAUUUACAGAUAUAACAACAGAUUCUCAAUUAAUUGAUGGGUUGCAAGAGGAAAGAAAGUCGUUACGUGAGUCAUUACUAACAAUUUCUGAAACUAUUGAGCAGAAACAAAAGCGUGUUGAUCAGUUGAAUCAGGCUCAACGUGAGGCGGUCAGUGAAAUGCAUAGACUUAAAGAUCAAAUGCAUAAGUUGCAGCAAGAGAAUUUAGAUAAUGUUCAACUGAAGAAUGAUCUUUCUCGUCUAACUCGUGACUGUGAAAUUUUGAAAAAAGAACUAUCUGAAUUAGAAUCUGAGCAACUUCCAGCUGUUCAUCGUCGAUGGACUGAAGCAUGCGAUGAACGCAGUCGUAUUACUAAGAUCCGUGAAGAAAAUAUUGAACAAGCUACUAGAAAGGUUAAUGAAAUUGGUGAAAAACUGAAGAAGCUGACUGACGCAUGUACUUCGGUCAAAUUUGCAUUCGAUUCUCAACCCUUAGAACGAUUGAAGGUGAUUCUUGAAACUGUAGAAGAACUUCAAAAGAACUUAUCUCUUGUCAAAUCUGAGGCUGACACCUGUAGUCAAAAUAUCGAACUCUUAAAAAAACAAAUCAACGAACAUAAAAUGCGUCAGCGAGAAUUGGCGGAUUGUGUCCAAGUUCGUCAACUACGUUGUCAACUUAGCUUUCUUACAGAACGAACAGAAUCCCUUGCCAAAAAUCAAAUGAUUUGUGAUAAUAUUCCUUUAUCAGAUCAGGAUUUAAUUAACGAAACUAAACGUUUAUCAUUAGAAGAGGAAAAACUUCAUUCACUUAAACAAGACAUAUCCAAUCAACUAAGUGAAUUAAACGCAAAACUCUGUUAUCUUAAUCGUGAUUUGAAUGAAAAAUAUACCAACGCUGACAGUGAAUAUCGUGAUAUGAUGUAUCAGCUUAAGACUUCAGAAUUAGCUUGUUCGGAUUUGGAACGAUAUUAUAAAGCUUUAGAUAGAGCGAUAAUGUCUUAUCAUGCUGUUAAAAUGGCUGAUCUAAAUAAAAUUAUCCGAGAAUUAUGGCGCAGUACAUACCGUGGCAAUGACAUCGAUUACAUUGAGAUAUGUAGCGAAGAAGAUACAGCUGCUGCUUUGAAUGUUUGCAGAACGCGAAGAACUUAUAAUUACCGUGUGGUUAUGGUGAAGACAACAACAGGAAGCAUGUCAGUUUCUCGGCCGAAGUCAAAAAACAACAUUUCAUGCAAUAACGAAGCCCGUUUAGAUAUGCGUGGACGAUGUUCAGCUGGGCAAAAAGUUCUAGCCAGUUUAAUCAUCCGUUUAGCACUGGCUGAAGUAUUUUGCCUACAUUGUGGAGUACUUGCUCUUGAUGAACCAACGACAAACCUCGACCGAGAAAAUAUUGAAAGUUUAGCUUAUGCUCUGGUAGAAAUUAUAAAAAACAGGAGCCGUCAGAAAAACUUCCAGUUAAUCGUUAUCACACAUGAUGAAGAUUUCGUCGAAUUACUUGGUAGAUCAGACUACGUGGAAAACUUUUUCCUAUUAUCACGUGAUUCACAAGGUUUAUCAGAAAUUAGAAAAGUCCCUAUUGGAGAACAUUUUCAUUAA